AUGAGCGAAGGUCUAUUUGCUAUAAUAUCUAUCACUACUCUGGUAUCCAUCUUGCAAAUUUGCGUUAAUGCUGAAUUUAAUGUCAUAGAUUUUGGAGCUUCCGGGAAUGGGAUCACUGAUGACUCCUGGGCAUUCUUAAAGACAUGGAAUGCGACGUGCAAUGCACCCGGCAUUUCUUGGAUGAUCAUACCGAAAGGAAAGACGUUUUUCCUGAACCCUGUGACCUUCAACGGGCCAUGCAAGGCUAACAACAUCAGUGUUAUGUUACAAGGCACCAUUAUUGCGCCUGAUGGGCCAAAGAAUUGGAAAGCAAGUGAUUUGUCAACAUGGUUACACUUUAAGAACAUUGCUUCGUUGACAGUACGUGGACCUGGGUUAAUAGAUGGACGUGGUAAAGGCUGGUGGGAUGUCUCCUGCAGAUACCAUCCUGGAAAGGGAUGUCUCACUCUUAUGCCCACUGUUGUAAGAUUCCAAGAUUGUGAACAAUUGAAUAUGGACUACAUUAACAUUGUAAAUAGUCCACAAACUCAUAUCCAUCUCUUGGGAUGCCGAAAUUCAGCUUUGCAAUUCUUAAACUUACACUCUCCUGAAAGCAGCCCUAACACCGAUGGAAUUCAUAUUUCAUCCUCUCAUGAUAUUACAAUCCGAAGCUCAAUUAUUGGUUCUGGUGAUGAUUGUAUUUCCAUUGGAGAUGCGAUUUCUAACAUUACUAUUCUUGAUAUUUCUUGUGGACCUGGUCAUGGUAUAAGCAUUGGAAGCCUAGGUAGAGGUGGAAGUGUGGUGAAUGUGGAGGGAAUAACUGUAAGGCGCGCUAACUUCAGUGGGACAACCAAUGGAGUUCGGAUCAAAACAUGGCAGGAGGGCAGAGGUAAUGUCAGAGAUGUCCAUUUCUCUGAUCUAACCUUCAAAGCAGUGGAACACCCAAUUAUCAUCGAUCAGCACUAUGGUGAUGAUCUUUUGCCACUAGACAAACAAACCGGAGUGCACAUAAGCAAUGUGAGCUACUAUAGCGUAAGAGGGACGACGAAGACAGCAGCAGCUAUCAAUUUUAAUUGUAGCAGCAAUGUUGCUUGCACCAACCUCAUGUUAGACACCAUCCAAUUGGAAUCAUCUGUUCGAGGACAACAUCUCUCUUCUUUCUGUAACAAUGCUCAUGGUAUCGCUAAAGGGAUUGUGAACCCUAAGUCCUGUCUUACGUGA